UGGGGAGAGGCAGCAGCUGCUGCCGCCAGGGCUGAGCUCGGGGCGGCUGCUGUGUGUGUGUGAGUCAGGGGGGCGACGGGCCAGGAGCUGGGGAACCCCUCGGGCCUCGCUCAGCCUCUGCCGCUCCCGAGGGUCCUGCUCACGGCGCCCGACAUGGACGAGGAGGGCGGCAGCGGCGGCGUACCGGAUGAUCUCUCCAUAGAAGAGAGAGAAGAACUUUUAAACAUUCGUCGCAGGAAAAAAGAACUAAUUGAUGAUAUUGAGAGGUUAAAAUUUGAAAUAGCAGAGGUUAUGACAGAAAUUGAUAAUCUGACUAGUGUAGAAGAAAGCAAAACUACACAGAGAAAUAAGCAAAUAGCUAUGGGAAGGAAGAAAUUCAACAUGGACCCUAAGAAGGGGAUCCAGUUUCUUAUAGAAAAUGACCUGCUGCAGAACACUCCAGAAGACAUUGCACAGUUCCUCUAUAAAGGGGAAGGACUAAAUAAAACUGUUAUUGGAGAUUACCUUGGUGAGAGAGAUGAAUUUAAUAUUAAAGUUCUUCAGGCUUUUGUUGAACUCCAUGAGUUUGCUGAUCUCAAUCUUGUACAAGCCUUAAGGCAAUUCCUGUGGAGUUUCAGACUUCCGGGAGAGGCUCAGAAAAUUGAUCGUAUGAUGGAAGCUUUUGCUUCACGCUAUUGCCUUUGUAACCCUGGAGUCUUUCAGUCUACAGAUACAUGUUACGUGCUAUCAUUUGCAAUCAUUAUGUUAAAUACUAGUCUACACAACCAUAAUGUAAGAGAUAAACCAACAGUGGAGCGGUUUAUAUCUAUGAAUCGUGGCAUUAAUGAAGGUGGGGACCUUCCAGAAGAACUGCUACGGAAUUUGUAUGAAAGUAUUAAAAAUGAGCCAUUUAAAAUUCCAGAAGAUGACGGAAAUGAUCUAACACAUACAUUUUUUAAUCCAGACAGAGAAGGUUGGCUACUGAAAUUAGGGGGAAGAGUAAAAACAUGGAAGCGGAGAUGGUUUAUUCUGACAGAUAAUUGCCUGUAUUAUUUUGAAUACACAACAGACAAAGAACCUAGAGGAAUUAUUCCUUUAGAAAAUCUUAGUAUAAGAGAAGUUGAAGAUCCUAGAAAACCAAACUGCUUUGAGCUCUAUAACCCCAGCCAUAAAGGUCAAGUAAUUAAAGCCUGUAAAACUGAAGCUGAUGGUAGAGUGGUAGAAGGCAACCAUGUUGUGUACAGGAUAUCUGCCCCCACCCCUGAAGAGAAGGAAGAGUGGAUCAAAUCUAUUAAAGCAAGUAUCAGCAGGGAUCCCUUUUAUGAUAUGCUGGCAACAAGAAAGAGAAGAAUUGCUAAUAAAAAAUAGCACCUAACAUGGGCCACUUACGGACCUGCACUAGUUAAUGUAUAAAUGGAUCAAAGUCCAGUGAUAAGGUAAAGUAAAAAUGAAGCAAGCUGAAUGAACACAGUUAUUAGAAAUACAUACACUUUUGUACAUUAUAUCCCUUUGUAAGAUCAUCCAAGAAGAUUAUUAUUUUGCAUAUGAUACUGGAGCAAGAUUCCCAAGGGACAAUUGCAAGGAAUGACUGUAAUGGAAUUUCAUUUACACUAACUGUAACCAUGGAAGCCUUAUAUACAUUUUUAUUUGUUGCAAUUUCACUUUUCUGGGGAGAAAAUAUUUCAGGAUAAUAUAUUCUCCUGCGUGUUCCUUGAGCAUAUUGCCCAUGACAGGAGAUGAUGAUGUAAGGACUUCGACAAACUAACACCUCACUGUAAUACAGCACUCAGAACUGGUGUACAGGGCUACUCAGCACUUAUUUUUCCUUAUGCAAAAAAACCUUAAUACUAGUUUUGAAAACAUAUCCUUAGCAAUGCAGCAGCAAUCUAACCUCACUGUAUAGAAAAUGAAAUUCUAAAAGCUCAUCACAUUAGCCAUUCUCCCCAAAUGCUGAAUAGUAUUAGUUGUAAAAUAUACCUUUUAAUAUUAGACUGUUAUUGAUACAGUUAACUCCUUGGCCCAAGCAGUAGGAUGUGCACUGAAAAUAUGCAGCUACAAAGGCAAGGGUUCAUGGGCUGAAGUAGUAACUUUGAGGACAGAGUUUUUCUUAAGCAGGCUAAGGGCAUAAGUGUUUAGCCUGCUUAAGCAGCAAAAAGGGAUUUGCAUUAUUAUUACUGAGAAUCUCUGAUUUUGUAUGGGUAAAAUGCUCCAAAAUUAUACUGAUUUUCUUUAAAGAAGGAACAGUGUUAAGUUAUCUCCUUAUUUGUGAGUGUUGCCCCAUGAAAAUCAAUAGACUUACUUGUGUGAGUAAAGAGCGUAGUACUUGGUUAACAAAAACCUGGCAUAAAGCAAACAAUGUCUAUGUAUGCUUUGUUUUUAAACAGGGCUUCUCACAUUUGUGCUUCAGUGACUUAACAAUUAGGGUUUUCUAUUCCCUCUUCUUCCCAGUUUUAUCUAAAUGUUUGAUCUCAUGCCAUCAACUCUACUAAAAUACUUAUCUAAUAUAACCAUUUACUUUCAAAUAUCUUUGAUAACUGGUUGAAUGUCUUCUGUGGUAUUCUAUUAGAUAUUCCUUCAUAACAUCCAUUUUCUAAGACACAAACUUAUGGUCUAGCCUGCUUUACUGAAACAUUUUCUUUUCUAAAUUAUACAAAAAUUUUUCACUGGGGCAAAAUCAUUAAUUUUAUGAUGGGGGAAAAAAUUUUUUUUGACCCUACUCCUGUGUUCAUGCUCUUGUAGCUUUCCUUAUAGUGUUUCAACCUGAGCCAUGGCCUCUGCCAUUAGUACUUUAGAGCUUCCAUAUCCAGACAAACAAAACACAGCUGUUAACUUAAACCUACAAAAGCAACUUUGACUACAGUGUAGGGAAUUAUUCUACACUGGGAGAAACAUGAACAAGAUUGCCUAUAAGUCUUUCAUCUCUAACUUCAAUUAAAGCGAAGGCUUCCAUCUUACUAACUUGCCUUGUGCGAUGUGGAACUUAAGAUCAGCAUAUGAAGACGGGGGGGCACUGUCUGCUUUCAGAUGGGCUGAUAGGAAAUAAUGGAGUAGAAGCCCACACACUUUCCUUUUUUGAUUUUUUUUUUCAGUUGUAAUCUCUUUAAAAAAGAGUAUUAAGAUUAAUGCUCAGUUAUGACAGCUUUGAAACCAUGUGGGAGGGGUGGCAUCUCCAAUCCAUGGAGCCAGGACUUCAAGGCCAGUUGUGGACUCUGUGCAUAAUUGGAACUUUAAAAAUUAGAAUAUUUGACUGCACAACUCUCAAAUCACAACGUGUUUCUCCUCUCAGCCCCCCAACUUUAAAAAAAGUCUAACUUAAGAUAGAAAAGUAUUAAAGCUGUCAAGCAAUUUUAAAAAAUUUAUCACUAUUAAGCACACUGUUAAACAGUAAUAGAAUACCAUUCAUUUAAAUAUUUUUGGAUGUUUUCUACAUUUUCAAAUAUAUUGAUUUCAA